AUGAACAUCCUCUUCCUUCUGCUGUUGUUUCUGUGCGAAGCCCAGAGCCGUUCAGCAUCAAGGCCGAACAUCGUUGUGUUGAUGGCUGACGACCUCGGCAUUGGAGAUGUCGGGUGUUAUGGGAACAAGACUCUCAGGACUCCCAACAUCGACCGGUUGGCCAGAGGGGGAGCAAAACUCACCCAGCACCUGGCAGCAUCGCCCCUGUGUACACCGAGUAGGGCGGCCUUCCUGACAGGCCGAUACCCGGUCCGAUCAGGAAUGACUUCUCGGUUCCGGACUGGAGUUUUCCUCUUCGUGGCCUCUUCUGGAGGACUUCCCACCAGUGAGAUUACAUUCGCCAAGCUUCUGAAGGACCAAGGCUAUUCAACAGCGCUGAUAGGAAAGUGGCACCUGGGGAUGAGCUGUCACAGCAGGACGGACUUCUGCCACCACCCUUUACGCCACGGCUUUGAUUAUUUCUAUGGGCUGCCCGCGACCAACUUGAGAGACUGCAAACCUGGGGAAGGCACUGUCUUCAGCAUGGCCUUCAGGGAGCUGGUCUUCAGCCCUCUGCAGGUCCUCGGGGUCACCGUCCUCACCCUGGUGGUGCUGCGCGGCCUGGGGCUGCUCCACGUGCCUCGUGGGGUCUUCUUCUGCCUGUUCCUCCUGGCGGCCGUGAUCCUCGGCCUUUUCCUGUGCUUCCUGCUUUUCUUCCGGACCCUGAACUGCUUCUUGAUGAGGAAUUACGAGGUCUCCCAGCAGCCCAUGUCUUAUGACAAUCUCACCCAGAGGCUGACGACGGAAGCCCUGCAGUUCGUCCAGCGGAACACUGAGAGGCCGUUCCUGCUUUUCCUGUCUUACCUUCACGUGCACACGGCGCUCUUUUCCUCCAAGGAGUUCACCAGCAAAAGCCAGCACGGCCCCUACGGGGAUGCGGUGGAGGAAAUGGACUGGAGCAUUGGGCAGGUCUUGAAUGUCCUAGAUGAGCUGAAACUGGCUAACACUACCCUGGUCUACUUCACAUCGGACCAAGGAGCCCACGUAGAGGAAGUGACCGCCAAAGGAGAAAUGCACGGAGGAAGCAAUGGCAUCUAUAAAGGAGGAAAAGCCAACAACUGGGAAGGAGGAAUCCGUGUUCCAGGCAUUCUUCGAUGGCCUGGGGUGAUACCACCUGGACAAGAGAUUGACCAGCCAACAAGCAACAUGGACCUGUUUCCUACGGUGGCCAAACUUGCUGGAUCCCCAUUGCCUGAGGACAGGAUCAUCGACGGGCAUGAUCUGAUGCCUCUGCUGCAAGGGAAACGCCAACGCUCUGAUCACGAGUUUCUCUUCCAUUACUGCAACGCCUACUUGAACGCCGUGCGCUGGCACCCGCGAAACAGCACGUCCAUCUGGAAAGCUUUCUUCUUCACGCCCAAGUUCACCCCCGAGGGCGCCAAUGGGUGCUUUUCCACGCACGUGUGCUUCUGUUUCGGGGAUUUCAUCACCCACCACGACCCACCUUUACUCUUUGAUAUUUCCAAAGAUCCGAGGGAGAGAAACCCAUUAACUCCGACAACCCAGCCCCACUUCCAUGCCAUCCUUCAGGUCAUGCAGGAAGCUGCAGACAACCACUCCAAGACCCUGCCAGAGGUCCCCAACCAGCUGUCCCUGGAGAAUGUGCUCUGGAAGCCCUGGCUUCAGCUCUGCUGUCCGUCCUCUGGCCUGUCUUGCCAAUGCGACAGAGAAAAACAGGACGGAAGAGAGAGCCGGUAAC